UGUAUUUACAACCAUGUUGAGUUCAACAUUUGAGUUGCUCAAUCAAGCAAACUCCCUAAAUUCUUUUGUUGCCUUCAUUUUUUGCAAUUUGAUCAUUGUCAUCCUACUAGUUAAUAAUAGUAACAACUCAAAAAAUAGUGACAACAAACAUGUUCCACUUUCCAAGUCUUAUGUGAACAAAAGUAAUUGUUCUAUUUUGGACAAGAACGAUAAGGUAACAAAUGCAAUUCAAGCAACCACCAAUAUAAAGUUGGUGGCAGAGACAAGGGACGACGAGGAAGAAGAUGACGAGCUAACAAGAAAAGUUGAAGAAUUUAUUCAGAAGAUGAAAUAAGUCAGCAAUGGAAAGUAUAUCAGUUCUCGUGCAGCACUCUGGAAGGUGGACGUAUGAAAAAAACUAUGAAAAAUACAUCACUGAUGCAAUAUUAUUGAGCACGACAACAUCAUUCAAUGAACUACACAAUCUUUUGGCAUCUCACAUAAAUGUGAAUUUGAGCAGCAGACGUAUUCAAGUGGAAUAUCAAAUCACUGGUAAUGCAGCGUAAAUACAAAUACAUAAUGUAUGUGUUAUUGAAAGAGGUGACGUCUAAAAUAAUUUGUAUCAACUGUUAAAUACAUCUGCUAAAGGUGUUAAAAUCGAGUAGAGAUAUGUUUGAAAAGAAGAACAUCAACUCAUGCAGUGGUUGUGGGUCUAAGCGUAACAAUAGGCAUUUAUGUGGAAAAUAUAGUAAAUGAUACAUUCGUUCUUC